UUUGCGACCAGUAAAAAAAGGGUUCUUUGGCGACCAUUUUAAUAAGUUCAUCAUGUAUCUGCAUAUAGUGACGGGCCCAAACUGGACUUAGAUGAAAUGAAGCACGUGAAAAACGAGCCCCAGAAGUCGUGAUCACCUUUUGAAAAACUUGCACCCCGGCCGCUUGAAAACAUACAAACAGACGGUACGUGAUAUCGACCUGAAAGAUUUCCUCAAGAUUUUGUUUGGUCCCAAAUUAAUUGCCAUCUCUAACAAUUAAUAAUUCACUAACUUAACUUUAUAUAAUAUGAUCAAUAAUCGUCUCUUCAAACCACAAAUUAGCUAGCUAGCUCCAAUUAAUGGCGAUGGAGAACCAGAAGCCACUUCCAACGUCGGAGUUGUUUUGGAAUUGUUGCGAGAUUUGCCAGAUAGAUGGCUUCUGGUACAUGGCCAAGGGCAUGGAUCGCAUGGCUGAAUUCAGGUCAGGAUUCGAGCCGAAGAAGGACGACAUUCUCUUGACUUCUUUCACCAAAACUGGAACAACGUGGCUCAUGGCUCUCUGCUACAACAUCCUCGACGUCGAAGAAGGAGGAGACCUCCUCGCGACGAAGAACCCCCACGAAGUGGUUCCCACACUCGAAAACGACUUCCUCGUGGAUCGAGUCCAGGAGAUGCUGCUCAACUGUUCACCUCCUCGGCUGCUCCACACUCACUUGCCCUGCAGUUACCUGCCAGAGAAGGUGAGGGAGUCGGGAUGCAAGCUCGUGUACGUGGCUCGAAACCCUAAAGACACGCUGGUGUCGAUGUGGCAUUUUUACAACAAAAACUUCGUCAAAGUCGACCCCACUGCAGCUGCUAGCCCGUUCCCGUUGGAGGGAGCGGUGGAGAGCUUCUGCAGCGGGGCUGUGCCCUGGGGGCCGUUUUACGAGCACGUGGUGGGAUACUGGGAGGAGAGCAAGAAGCGCCCCGAUGAGGUGUUUUUUGUCAAGUACGAGGACCUGUGCAGGGACCUGGAGGAGCAAGUGAGGAAGCUGGCUACGUUUCUGGGCCAGAAAAUAAUGGAUCCAGAUGUGGAGGAGGUGUUGUGGCGGAGCAGUCUGAACAGGCUUAAGGAGCUGGAGGUCAACAAGAAUGGCGUACGGAAGGAGCUGCCGUAUAUUCCCAAUUUCACCUAUUUCCGGACGGGAACUGUUGGGGAUUGGAAGAACUACUUGACUUCCGACAUGGCUCAACGUAUUGAUCAGCUCACACGAGUAAAGUUGGAGGGCACUGGGCUUUCUUUUGAUGACGAGUAGUUUCGUUACCAAAAAGGAAUCCCUUUGGCGACCAUUUUAAUCAGUUUGUUCUGUAUCAGUUGCGUGUUUUCUUGUUUGAAAGUUUGUUCGAGUGUGCAUUAGGGCAUGUGGGACUAAUCCUCUUUAGUCCUCUUCUUUGCCUUCUUUAUCAAUAAUGGAAUAUAUAUAAACGUGUGGGUUUGUUUGUUUAAGCUUUGUCUUGACUUAAUCCUCAUUUGUUUGUCUUUAACUCAUCAUUAAAAAUAAAAUAAAUAUAAAUUUUUGUUCAUAAUAUAUACAAUUUUAUUGUUUUCACGGGAAUAUGUGACGGGUUUUGAAUGUUUGUAAAAUACUUUCAUCCUUUAUUUUUCUAUUCAAACUCUUUGCGCUGAAUACUAUCAAACAUUAUUCAUAAUCAGCCACUCAUCUGAUUUCAAAGAUCAUUCUUGAUAAAUUUUAUAGCUGAAAAGUCCUAAAAGCAUCAUUUUGGAUAAACAUAUAUUCUAGUUAAAAUAAAUAAAUGAUCAUACUUAGAGAAUUUAAUUAGAUAGAAAAAUUACUAGAUUUAAUCAUUUUCGGGUGACUUUAGCGCUAACAUGUUGGGACAGGUUACGGUGAUUACUAUAAAUUUAUUAAUUACCUUUUUCAACAAAUUACUAAGGGAAACUGGGUAUGACAAAAAAUUUAUCAAUUACCUUUUUCAACAAAUUACAUUUUAGGUAAUUUCAAAAAUAUAUUAAUUACAAUUUUCUCUCUCUUUCACAAUCUCCAUCUAGAUCUCUUUUUUUCUCAAUCUUUUUCUUGUCUCAUUUCAAUCGAAAUAAUAAUACUGAAAAAAUAAAACAAGAAUACAAAUGAAUCAAUACCAAUCCGUUAGACAGCCACUACCAUAUCGGAAAACACCAAUACAAAUAAAUCAAUACCAAUCCGUUAAACAAUCACUACCAUUUCGAAAAACACCAAUACCAUUGCAAAAAUAAAUCAAUACCAUUAUGAAAAAAAUAUCAUUACACUAAAAUAACCAAUAUAAACAAUCUAUACCAUUAUAAGAGUCAAACCAAUACCAAAAUCAAACAAUACCACUACUACUAUGAAGUCAAAACAAUAUCAUUACAUAAAUAAAUCAAUACCAUUAUGAAAACAAAACUAUACUAUUUCAUAAAACAAAACAAAUAAAUUAAUACCAAAACAAUCAACCCAGAUCCAAAACCUUUCCUAGAGAGAGUGAGAGAGAGGAGAUCGUGGGAGGGAGGGGAGGGGAGGGGUAACUGGUGACUUCGCACAAUGAUCAAUAGAGAGAAGGGGUGGGGAGGCCGUGUGUGCUAGGGUGGGAGGGGAGGUGGCCUAGGGAUGGAGAACGGAUUGGUAGGAGGGCGACGGGGUUGUGUGGAGGAAGGAGAGACGGCGGCAGGUGGUGGGGGAGGGAGGGUAGCGGUAGGCGGCAGGUUGGGUGGGGUGAGGCGGAGGGAGGAACGACGGUGAGGGAGAAGAGUUGAAAGAAGAGUUGAAGUAGCAUUAGGGUUUGAGUAUAAUAUAUAGAGUAAUCACGUGUGGUAUUUUUUAUUUUUAAAAUUAUCCUCAAUCUAAUCUUCAUCGUUAAUUUAAAAAUAGGAUAAAAUAGAGAUAAUGAAUGGUGUAGAUUAAGAUAGUCACCGUAAUUACUAAAAAUUAAUUAACCACGCUAACUCAUCCCCUACUAUAUUAUUAAGUUUUGUCGUUCGUCUUUGGUUAUCAAAAUUAGAGGUAGGCAUCGGUUGAUCCUAUCAGAAACUGUACAAAACCAUUCUAGGAUAGUACUAAAAUGUGUUAUUAUUUUUCAAGAAAAAUUAUUGUUGAAGGAAAAGAAACACAAAAAACACUUACUUAAAAAAUGUCUCAAAUGUUCUGAAACUAUUGUACAAAAUAAUAACACAUUGAGAUUUGAGACGAACCAGUGGAAUCUUUUUUUUUUCUUACAGAUAAGUUAUGACACAUUAGGCAAAUCUCACAUUGACAAAGUACAGGAGAGAUCCAUGGUUCAUAAGUAAGAAACCAACCUUAACUGACAAGACGCAUUUUGGGGUGAAAUGAAAGAGUUCUUGUGAGAACUUCUAAGUUAAACGUGCUCAGUGCGGAGCACAACAAGGAUGGGUGACCUUAUGGAGUGUCACCCUAAAUUGCACCCCAAGUCGAAAACUGUGCGGGUAUAGAGGCUCAAAGCGGACAGUAUCUUGUCGGGAAAAGGUUCGGGAUGUUACAAGUGGUAUCAGAGCCUCUCCGCGUCCCUCUUGAACGAUGGUGUGGCAAACCUCAACGAGUGCGUUGAGUCCCAAGAGGGGGGGGGGGUGCAUCAUGUAUGUAACACCUCAGACAAAUCACACAUCGACAAAGCACGGGAGAGAUCCAUGGUUCAUAAGUAGGAAACCGGUCUUAACUGACAAGACGCGUUUUGGGGUGAAACGGAGGAGUUCUUGUGAAAACUUCGAAGUUAAACGUGCUCAGUGUGAAGUACAACAAGGAUGUGUGACCUUAUGAGAAGUCACGCUAAAUUGCACUCAAGCAAAAACUGUGAGGGUCGAGACCCAAAGAAUACAAUAUCUUGUUCGGGAAAAGGUUCAGAAUGUUACAUAAGUUGAAUUACUGAAAAUGUGAACAAAGUGGUACAAGUCAAAUUAAAAGUCAGCAGAUUAGACUAGGGAAAGAGAAACCCGCCCCAACCAGCCCAAACAAGUGCAACUAAACAAAAGCCCAUUCCAUUGGACGUAAUUUGUGAAGGAAGUCCUAGGCUCAAGCGACCAAAGUUUAGGUUACAUUUAGCAUAUUAUAAUAAAGGGCACAAAGUGUUAGGCCAUUUCUAUGGUACCGGCACCGCAUUAGUGACGCCAUUGUUUUAGCCGUUGAAUUUGUGGAGUUUAAUGAGGAUCAUUGAUUAAUAAUCAGCACUUAGCCGAAUAUGGUUGAACCUACUUUAUAUGGUUAAACCUAGAAAUUAAAAAUUAUUUGUUAAUUACCGAAAAAUUGAUUUGUUUCUAAAACAUCCCGCUUCCUUGUCGGAUACGAAAAAAUAAUUAAUCCUGGUAUUCUAUUGAUAGUCGGCAGGAAGUGAAAGUCAACACCGGCGACAUAAUUAAUCAUUUCACAUCAAAUCCAUCUUCUUCGUCUCAUUUUGAUCACAAUUCUUAUAAUCUGGUGUUGCAACGGCGGAUCCCUAGACCAUUGCUGAAAAGAAUUCUACUCUGGCAAACUUUUUAACCGGCAUCCCAUUGUACAGUUACGUAGUUACGCUUUGGUGGUGGCAAGAGCGUUAAUGCCAUGGUGAUUCCGAAUGACUAGGUAUAGGAAUCUUACUGCGCAAUGACUGUGCGCUUGACAUCGGCGGUAGAGACUAUGAUUGUUAUGCCCGGUGGCAGCAAAAAAAUGUUUGUAUAUCUAAAAAACAACCGGGUUGGCCUUGGGAGGGAGCCCCUCUAUAUAGGGAUGGAGUCUCCAAAGUCAACCCGUUUGUUUUUUCUUUUUGUAUGGUUUGUAUUGUUUGUCGGUGUAGUUUGUAUUAUUUAUACAGUUCAUAUGUUUGUAAUGUUUGUAAAUCUUUUUGUAUGUUUUGCCGUUCUAGUUUGUACUGUUUGUAUGUUUGUAUUGUUUGUACUGUUUGUAAGUCCAGUUUGUAUACUUUGUAAUUUUUCAUAAUACCCAAAUUACCCCUCCCACUAAUUAAAAAUCCCUUCCCACUUUUUAACCGUUGGAUUGAAGUGUCCAGAUCUAAUGGCUAAGAGGGAUUUAGUCAAGUGACUAAGGACCCCAAUCAUGGGAUCCGCUCUCCGAAUUCAUUUCAAGUGGUGAAAGUUACUUGUUAACCACUUUUGUUUUUUUUUUCCUUCAAAAUAAAGUAGGAAAACAAGAUAUAAAUUUUGUGGGUGAUGAAGAAAAGAAUCUCAAAUGUCAAAUGGCGAGCUAGCCAGAUCAUGAAAGCUACAGUUAUAUUUUCUUAAAAGGGUUAGACUUCUGAUUUUGGAAAGACUAAUACAACUAGACUACAAUUUCAUAUCAAUAUUGCUCCUACCGUUGCAUUUUCUUAAUACAACUAGAUUGUUCUCUUUUCUUUGAAGAAAAAUAUUUUGGUGUAGACAUUGUCAAGCCUCUUUGUGUCGCGAAUCUCUUCGUAGAUGUUCGAGUCAUCUUGAUGGAGCUUUUUUGGUCUUUUUUUACGGGAGUAUCUUUGUGCAAUCUUGUGUUUGUUAGACUGUGAUGAAAGAAUAAUACAACAUUCACGAGGACAAAAAUAUUUUGGUGUACACAUUGUUAGACUUUGAAGUGGUGUGCUAGGGUUUCAGGUGUGAUUGAGAAAAGGAACAUGUGUAGUGUGAGGUUGUACGUCGGUAUAUUACGAUUUAAGAUAGAAGCUGAAAGAUGCAAAUACGUGAAAAAUGAUCAAAUGAGACGAAUAAAGUGUCAAGAACCAGUUGCUCCCAAUAACUCGAGUUGUUGGGAGAGGUUCAAUCGUGGAUCAUAUACCACACACUAACAUAAAGUACUAAAGAAAUUUAUAGAUGAUAGAUAGAAAAUAUGUACAUUCAUACCAUAGUAUAUAAGCUUGAAAACAGAAGGGGGAAAAUGUUGGUGAUUCGAUCCUAGUGUAUUACCAAGGUAACCCAAUCAUGCAUGACAGCGAAACAGUUUCUCCAAUGUAUCGAAAAAUUGAAUCUCACGUGUAUUUUCGUACAUGUAAGGGGAAGACCCUAGAGCAAUUGGGGUCGUCUCUAGAAUUUGGGAAAUUUUUAUCAACCUCCAUAUCAUAAUUUUUAUAAGGGAGACAUGAAUUCAUUUUUAUUGUUAGGUGUUUCUUAAAGAAAUUUGAGCUUAAAACCUCCAAAUUCAAUGUUGUACUACUCUCUUUUUCAUGAUUUUACCUUUUCUUUUAAUUUCUGGUUAAUAAAAUGAGGUCGCCGUUUUCUUAAAAAAAACCUCCAAAUUCAAGAUCACAAUCAAGACUUUUGAUUUUG